AUGAGAAUUAUCCAGUUCUCGCAUUCUCUUACUUUUCUCAAUCUCUCCUUUACUCUUUCUGUUGCAUUCACUUCAUACACCUCUGCAUUAUCAGUGCCUCAUGCUUCUGCAUUAUCAGUGGUAUCCAAAGCAGUAGUUUGUCGAUCCUGGGAGGCAUUGCUACACGUUGAAAGGAUGGCGAGGAUGAUCCAGAGUAACCUACCUAUAUUUGACGGAAAGAACUUCGAAGAUUGGUGCGUCAAGAUGGAUGUUAUCCUUGGUUUCCAGGAGAUUGAUGAAAUCGUGAAGAUUGGGUUUAAAGAACCCGCAAAGAACGCUACUGAUGAGGAAAAGAAGGCGUAUAAAGAGAAUAGAAAGUUAGACUGUAAAGCACGCAUGAUCUUGCAUCAAUGUAUUUCAGCAACAAUCUUCCAAAAGGGGUCCAAGGCCACGAUAGCAAAAGAAACUUGGGAGAUUCUACAGGAUGGAUAUGGAACUGCUGGAAAUAUAAAGGAGAUUAAGCUACAGUCACUGAGGCGGCAGUAUGAGCUUCUGAACAUGGGGGAACAAGAAACUAUCGGAGAAUACAUCGGCAGGAUCCAAGUGAUUGUCAAUACAAUGAGGGCAUGCGAAAAAGUUGUCAAGCACAAGAAGAUAGUCCAUAAAAUCUUGCGAACUCUAACGUCCCAAUACGUCCAUAUUGUCGUGGCUAUUGUAGAAAGUAGAGACUUGGAGAAAAUGAAAGUUGAAGAGUUGCAAAACUCACUCGAAGCCCAUGAACAACGGUUGUUAGAAAGGAAAACUGCAGAAAAAGAUGCAACUCAGAACGUGAAUCAGGCAUUGCAAGCUAAAAUUCAAAAGGGUCGCGGAUUUGGCAGAGGACAAGGCAGAACACGAGGCGAUCGUGGAGGUCGUAAUGGAGGAAGAUUCUCCAAUAACUCCGAACAGAUCAAAGAAGAAAACCACAACGAUCAAAGAGAAGGUAGUUAUGGGGGGCGUGGAAAACCCAGAGGUAGAGGCGGCAGAAAGAGCAUCGACAAAAGAAACGUGCAAUGUUUCACGUGUAGUAAAUUUGGCCACUACUCUUCCGAGUGCUGGCAUAACGAAAGCAACAAGAAAACCAAGAAUGACGAAGCUGCGAAUUUGGCACAAGAAACUUGCGAUUCAGAAUCGGAACACGUUGUAUUGAUGUGCGUUUCAGAACAAAAUAAAGAAAAGAAAGUAAACAUAAGAGAAGUGCGAGACAGGUGUCGCUGCAAAGAAGGACACAUGUUGCAACCAGAAGAAACUCAACAUGCAGAAAGUCGUUUGAGUAAUUUCGAACACGCGUUGCAACCAGAGAAGGAGAGUUGUGCAACGAAGAAUAUAGAAGUUGAGCGUGUGAUAAUGUCGAGCUUACACAACCACACCGAGAACGACUCAUGUUGGUAUUUAGACACCGGGUGUUCUAACCACAUGACCGAAAGAAAGGAGUGGAUGGUAAGUCUGGAUUUGAAGAAAAAGAGCACUAUAAGGUUUGCUGAUGAUAGUACCGUGAUGGCAGAAGGUGUAGGCAGAAUACUGAUCAAUUGCAAGAACGGUGGAAUAACCUACAUGGACGAUGUUCUGUACAUUCCAACGAUGAAAAGCAACUUGUUGAGUCUCGGUCAACUUCUUGAAAAAGGGUACACCAUGCACAUGCACAAGAAUCUGAUAGAUGUGUUUGAUAAGAAGAAGAGAAUGAUCUUUAAAGCAUCAUUGGCCAAGAAUAGAACGUUCAAAGUCAAUCUAAGCGCUGUUGCAAUACAGUGUUUAUCCUCUCUAAAUGUUGAAGAAGAAAGUUGGGCAUGGCAUUACAGGUAUGGGCAUCUGAAUUUCAGAAGCUUGGGAUAG